UUUAGAUGCUGUUGCGGCUUUUUACCAAAGAGUGAUGCGAGCGACACAAAAAUGGACUAAAAUCUAAUACAGCUCGACGGGAAUAAUACAGAGGAAAGGCGGACGAUCAUCAAGGGCUUUCCUCGCAGUGACUUCGGUAGUUUGCAGGCAGUUGCAAAACUAACAUUUUAAGGCCGUGAUCUUGAAAUGAAGCUACUGAAGCCGAGCUGGGUCACUCACGACGGGAAACCAAUAUUUUCAGUCGACAUCCAUCCAGAUGGAACAAAGUUUGCCACAGGUGGUCAAGGGGAGGACUCGGGGAAAGUUGUCAUCUGGAACAUGGCUCCGGUUCUUCGUGAGGACGAUGAGAAGAAUGAGAACAUUCCCAAAAUGCUUUGCCAGAUGGACAAUCACUUAGCAUGUGUGAACUGCGUACGCUGGUCCAAUAACGGCCUAUACCUGGCAUCAGGUGGGGAUGACAAACUUGUCAUGGUGUGGAAGAAAGCAGCUUUCAUAGGUCCAAGCACAGUGUUUGGCUCAAGCAGCAAGCUUGCUAAUGUGGAGCAAUGGAGAUGUGUGACCAUUCUGAGAAACCACACCGGAGAUGUAAUGGAUGUAGCCUGGUCUCCCCAUGAUGUCUGGCUAGCUUCCUGCAGCGUGGACAACACUAUUGUCAUCUGGAAUGCUCGGAAAUUUCCAGAGAUUGUAACCACUCUAAAAGGACACACAGGCCUGGUGAAGGGUUUGACGUGGGACCCUGUGGGCAAAUAUAUAGCCUCACAAGCUGAUGACCACAGUCUGAAAGUGUGGAGGACCAUGGACUGGCAGCUUGAGACAAACAUUACUAAACCUUUCAAUGAGUGUGGCGGUACCACCCAUGUCCUACGGUUGAGUUGGUCUCCUGACGGUCAGUAUGUUGUGUCAGCACAUGCCAUGAACAACUCGGGCCCCACUGCUCAGAUCAUCGAGCGUGAUGGCUGGAAGACCAACAUGGACUUUGUUGGGCAUCGCAAGGCUGUUACUGUAGUGAAAUUCAAUCCAAAGAUCUUUAAGAAGAAGCAGAGAAACGGUAAUGCCCCCAGACCCAGCUGCCCCUACUGCUGCUGUGCAGUGGGCAGUAAAGACCGCUCACUCUCUGUCUGGCUCACAUCAUUAAAGCGACCUCUAGUGGUCAUCCACGACCUCUUUGAUAAGUCCAUCAUGGAUAUUACAUGGACUCUGAAUGGACUGGGCGUGCUGGUGUGCUCCAUGGAUGGUACUGUAGCAUUUUUGGACUUUUCUCAAGAUGAGCUGGGAGACCCUCUGAAUGAGGAGGAGAAGAACACAAUUCACCAGAACAUUUAUGGCAAAAGUCUGGCUGUUACCAUGGAGACGCAACUGUCCACAACCGUCAUCGAGAACCCUGAGAUGCUGAAGUACCAGCAGGAACGACAGGCUGCCCAAAGCGCCAUCAUUGCCCAGGCAACUGGCCCUGACAACCAGACACCCAAACUUGCCAAUGUGGUCAAUGGAGAAUCUCUGGAAGACAUCCGGAAGAAUCUUUUGAAGAAGCAAGUGGAGACCAGAACUGCAGAUGGAAGGAGAAGGAUCACUCCUCUCUGCAUUGCUCAACUGGACACUGGGGAUUUCUCCCCGGCACUGUUUAACAGUGUGCCCAUUCUGCCGGGAUCAUCAGUGUCCACCACGCUUAUUCCCCAGCUCUCGUCUGACUCCAACACAGCCACGUCGUUGUGUCUGAGAGCCCCGCCUGAGCCCCCUGCCACGUCUCCCACCAAAAACACUGACGACAAGGAGAGUGGAAAUCCAUCUGUAAACUCAGCUGCACUAAAAUCCAAUCUCCUCCUGACCUCGGCUUCCAAGAUCGAGCCAAUGAAAGCUCUGGAUUCACGCUUCACAGAAAGGUCAAAGCCCGCACCAGGGGUCACCACUUCACCUGCUGCACCUCCCUCCUCCCUGGACAGGGGGAAGGAGGCCAGUGGCCAUAAGGACUGGAAGGUCAAAGAAGACACGAGUAGCGACAGUGAAGAUAAAGGCACUCAGAGAAUUCCCCCUCUGGCCAAACGCAAGGCUGACAUGGACGGGGUAGAGGUGGUAGAGAAGAGGAAGAAGGGAAGACCCCGCAAAGACACCAAAAUAAUGAUGAAUGUACCGCAUUCCUACCCGCAGACUCCAAUCUUGAUGGAGAAGGAAACUUCACGACUACCAGCUCCUGUAGCAGUAUUAAAGCUUCCCACACCCACUGUCCAGAAAUCAUUCAGCCUACAAGUAGGCACAGACCCUGUUACCUAUGUGGAGGUGGAGAACGAGGUCUCUGUAGUAGCUGGGGCUCGUAUCAGCCAGCUGAGGUGCUGCAGAGAGAAGAGUGAGUGGGACAUUGUCCUACCCAGCCGCAUAGUCCUCACUGCAGGGAGCAGUGACGUGGUUGCUGUGGCGUGCGAGGACCGAACACUGUCAGUCUUCUCAGCAUCUGGGCGGAGAUUGAUCCCAUCAAUCAUGCUCCCUGCCCCCAUGUCAGCUCUUCACUGCUCCGCCUUCUUUGUAAUGGCACUUACGGCGUCGGCCACUCUGAGCGUCUGGGAUGUUCAGAAACAGGUCGCUCUGGUCAAGAACGAAUCUCUAAACUCAAUCUUGUCAGGUACAGAAGCCACGGUGAACCAGUGUGUGCUGACGGAGCAGGGUGUCCCUGUAGUGGGUUUGUCCAGUGGGAAAACGUACUGCUUCAGCCCUUCGAUGGAGACGUGGAAUCUCAUCGUGGAUAAGCAGGACUCCCUGGUGCAGUGUGCUGACUUCAGGAACUGCAUCUCCUCCCUGGGAGCCCUAGGUGCCACAGGGCCUCUCGCCAUUACACAGGGGCGCAAUCUGAGUGCGGGCCAGUUGGCUUCUCGACUCUCCUCUGCUCCUCACCACCUCCAGCAGGGAAUGACUCUGGCCUUCCUGGAGAACCAGCUCUGUUCCUCUCUGCUCCUCCUCUCGGCCAAUGAGUACCGCCAUUGGCUGCUCAUCUACACACGCUUCCUCGUUAGCGAGGGUUAUGAACAGCGUUUACGGGAGUUAUGUAAGGAUUUACUUGGACCAGUGCACAAGUCCAGCAGCACUUCUUGGGAGCCAAAAGUCCUGGGUCUGAGGAAGAGGGACCUAUUGAUGGAGGUUCUUCCUGUGGUCGGACAGAACCUACGCUUCCAGAGACUCUUCACAGAGUAUCAGGACCAACUGGAACUGCUCCGACUCAAAUAGCACUUCACCAUUCUCUCCGCCCAGUCUAGUCCUAACCCCUCCAUCAACCCCCUUGUAGCCCUAACCUGUUGUGAUCACCGGCCUUAGGUCUCAGUCUGCUCACACAUCAACACCCCAAAGACCAUGAGUCUGUCUUGGACACACACAAGAACUCUAAUAAAAAAACCCAAACACUCUAUAUAUAUAUAUAUAUAUAUAUAUAUAUAUAUA